GGAGGCGCCGCGGCUGGAUGGCAGGGGCCGCCCGGAGCUCCGCCGCCCGCGCCGCACGCACCCGGCACGCCUGGAUGCCCCUGCCCCGGCAGCGGCAUGGCUGGGCGGAGGCUGCUCCUUCUCGCUCCCCUGGCCCUGGGGCUCCUCGGCGGGGCCGGGGGCGCCCGGCGGGGGGUGGCCGCGGCCUGUCGUCUGGAUGACAAGGAGAGCGAGUCCUGGGGGUCCCUGCUGAGCGCCGAGCGGCUGGACGCCUGGAUCUGCUCCCUCCUCGGCUCGCUCAUGGUGGGGCUCAGCGGGGUCUUCCCGCUGCUGGUCAUUCCUCUGGAAACGGGUGCUGCGCUCCGCUCGGAAGCCGGGGCUCACCGCCUGAAGCAGCUGCUGAGCUUUGCCCUGGGGGGGCUCCUGGGGAACGUGUUCCUGCACCUGCUCCCCGAGGCCUGGGCCUACACCCGCAGCGCCGCCCAGGGGGGUGAGGGACAGAGCUUGCAGCAGCAGCAGCUCCUGGGGCUGUGGGUCAUUGCUGGCUUCUUUACCUUCCUGGGCCUGGAGAAGAUGUUCCUGGAUGGCAAGGAGGAGGAGCAGCCCAGCCAGGCCCCCACCAAAGACCUUGCUGCUGCCGUGCGCAAUGGAGGCCUUUGCCCGGCCCCGCCGGCUGCAGUUCCAGGCCUGAGAGCCGAGGCCCGGAAUAUCAAAGUCAGCGGCUAUCUCAAUCUGUUGGCCAACACCAUCGACAACUUCACCCACGGGCUGGCGGUGGCCGCCAGCUUCCUGGUGAGCAAGAAGAUCGGGCUCCUGACCACUGUAGCCAUCCUUCUCCACGAAAUUCCCCAUGAGGUGGGCGACUUCGCCAUCCUCCUCCGGGCUGGCUUCGACCGGCGGAGCGCCGCCAAGCUGCAGCUGUCGACGGCCCUGGGGGGCGUCCUGGGCUCCUGCUUCGCCAUCUGCACGCAGUCUCCCAAGGGCGUAGGGGAGACGGUGGCCUGGGUUCUCCCGUUCACCUCCGGAGGCUUCCUGUACGUCGCCCUGGUGAACGUGCUGCCCGACCUCCUGGAGGAGGAGGAUCCCUGGAACUCUCUGCAGCAAGUGCUACUCCUUUGUCUGGGCAUCGUGGUCAUGGUGCUGUUCUCGCUCCUCUUCGAGUGACGUUGCCUCCGCUGCCCGCAGGACUACCCAGCAAUAAGAGACUCAUUUCGACCCUGCGCCAGGCAGCCGUGCGUGAGCGCGAGAGCCCGGGGAGCUCUGGGAGGGGGUGGCGUCCGGGCGCGCGCGAGCGAGCUCCCCGGGCCUCUGCGUGCACCGGCCUCCCCCGCCCCUGCCGGAUGCCGCUCCCUCGCCGUCGCCUCCGGUCCGCCAACCCCACCGGGCCGGGCCCCGUCGUCCGGAGCCGAGGGGACCGGUUUCGCUGGCGGAGCCUCGCGGUCCGUGGGAGGCCCCGGGCCGGCGCGACGCCCGGUGACACGGGACCGCCGGGACCCGGAGGCUAUCCGGCGGGCAACGGCUCCCGAGGGACCGGGAGCUCCGCUCUUCGAGCUCCUCUCCCCAGUCGCCUUGGAGAGGACGGCUGCGAGAGGAAGGGGGGUGACGCGGUCGAGGCUCCCCCGCCCCCUCCCUUAACCUCGCGCUCGCCGCUUGACAAUCACCUCCCUCGACCGCGGUGCUGCCGGGGGAGAGCCGGGCCGCGGCGCAGCUUCCGUCCCCGUGGCGCACGGCUCGCUCGCCGCCGGCCAAACGGCAGCCCGAGCUACGGGCAGCCGGGGCGGGAUUCCCGGUCCCCGACGACGUCGCCUCGGUCCGGCUCAGGGACCGGAGCGGGUCCCCUCCACGGUAGCGGCGGGGCGGGUGGGGUCCGGCCCCCUCCCCGCCGCUCUCUGCCCUCCCCCGGCGGCCCCCUCGCCCCCGGCAGAGGUGCCCGGAGCGAAAUUCCAGUAGUUCCAGCGCCUCGAAGAACGCGCUCGGCCCCGAAGAAUGUUCUGGGGGCGAGACCGGCUCCUGCUUGUUUCCGUUGGCUGGCGUCCGGCUCCGAAGUCUGGGAGAGGUGGCCGGCGGCCCCGUUGGCCCGGCCCGUUGGAGGAGUGGCGGCGGAGAUGUUUUCUGUUAGGUUUUACUACAGCUUACUACUGCGGUGCCCCGUCGGGAUCCGUAAAUACCCGUUCUCCAAACCAGACGCAAAUAAAUUUUAUCCAGAAA